UUGGUUUCUACAGCAAUAAGCAGACAAACUAAAUUUACAUUGGGUACAGUUACUAUGUUCAGUACCCGUUUCUUUUAGGAGUUAUGGUUUCAAUAAGUCGAGGGUGUAUGCAUUAGCCUAUAUACCCAUCUGUGUGUGAAUACAGCGCGUAUUUCAACGCUGAUCGUUUGUAUGGAGGAUGACCAUUUACUUUUUGUAAUGACGUCUUCAGCCUGUCCGAUUUGGAGCACCAUACAUUUUAAGCAACCCGAUCAUUGUACACAAGCACUUUGAGCACGUCUAUUCGCUCGACUAUAGUGUGUGAAGUCCAUUGCCAAAGCGCCAAGCACAUCGUACACACACGGAACAUUAUUCCCGCCACAUUAGGCUUUGAGGGUCCAAUUCAGUCACACUCAUGCAGGUUGUCUAGCUGUCAAAACAUCGGAGUAUCUAGAAGAGAAGACAACAUGGACACAAACUGGAGUCUGUUAAACAAUCCAGGCCAUUAUGUCAAGACGUUCAAUGUCUUCCGUGAUCGGUGUUCCGAUGUCAGCGUGUUCUCCGUGUGGGUGGACGGUGUGUUUAGCGAGGUGGUGGUCGGUAAACUCCAGGCCACACUGGACAGACAAGAAGAGCUACGGAUCCUAGGGGUGGGCAGUGGGUCAGGUGUAACGGACUGCAUCAUGCUGGAGCGACUCCUAAAGCAAUUCUCACGCAUCAACAAUCGUGUAGUUGAGCCCCUCGCAGAGUUCCUAGACCUGUACAAGUCAUUGGUGAGCUCCAAGGCUCACCAACUGCACGGCGUUGAGUGCGACUGGCGUCAGCAGACGAUCGGGCAAUACCAAAAGGCGGGAGAUUCGAGCAAGUUUCAUUUCAUCAGCGCAGUGCACUCCAUCUACUACAUAGCAGGCGACGUGGAUAGCGGCUUGAUGGAUCUGUACAACCGUUUGGAACCGGGUGGAGUGAUGCUGGUGAUUCUCAAUUCAGACACGUGCAAGUUCAGCCGUCUACUAGGUCAACUUAAAUCCAGUCUCGAUACAUCAUCAUACAACAUGACAUCGGCGGACAUACGCAGCUGCCUGGACCGCCGGGGCAUCCCGUACACGCAGUACCCCCAAACUGUGCGCAUAGACGUGACCCAGUGCUUCGACCAAGCCUCCGAAGAAGGUGGCUUGUUGCUGGAUUUUGUCACCCAUGUCGUGAACUUCAGGAAGACGGCGCCCGAAGAUAUGCAGAGGUCGGUCAUGGAGUGCCUGGGUAGGGGUGACUGCUCCGAGAGGGAAAGUGGUGGUGCCAUAUUUCUGAAUAUGGACUGGGAUAUAAUUGUUAUAAAUCAGCCGCAGUCUGAAUGACCGUGUUUGAUGGACACGCAUGUGUGCGCACUAUAGGAAACAGAAGAUUGUAUAUACCUCUCCACAGGGCAAUUUGCUACAGAUUAGAUAUAUGGAUUUUAUUCAAACUAGGAAUUUCCAAGGUGUAUUGAUCCGUCGAAAAAUUGAAGUAUUUUAUAGGAGCCUUUUGAAACUAGAUUUUCAAACUCUAAAAUUUUAAUACACGAGAACACUGCACGAGGAUAUAAAUUCCAGUACGGGUGGCGAAGUUCCCAAACGACAUCCACUUCCCAUCCUCUGAUUGGUCUAUUACAUGCAUUAUGUAAUGCAUUGUUCUCGAUCACCACAACACCAACCCAAGAUAGGCUUUACGUCUUGUGAAAUGUUCCUUCCUCACUUUAGUUAUUUCAAAGGUAAAAUGGAAAGAAGUGAAAAACGCUCACUGAGAUUGGAACUCGGAUUACUUGAUUAGAAGGCGGGACUACUUCCAACCAAUCCACGAAUCAGCUGCCAAUCGCCGGUGAUUUAAAAACCAUUAUUGCCCUUGGCACCACGAAUAUGCAUAACGCAGUGAGAGUGCCCUCUUGUGAUAUUGUCCGACCUCGUUUGGGGACAAAAAUCACGUACGGGCGGCCGGGUGCGCAAGUUUAUUUCUGUCGCAUGCAUCGAAUGUUUAGCUGAUGAUGAGAAAUGGGAAAAUACUGUGACGUAACGAACGUUUCUGUAGAUGUGAAAACUGAGAUAUAAUUAUCUGUAGUUAAUUAGGUUGCUGUUUCGAGUGCGAAGUCAUCACUCGUCUUCUAACAUAAUGUAAAGUGGCAGAACUGAAUAAUAACGUAUGAAUAUGUGGGUCUCUUUUAUCAGUUUUCAAUCAUAAUUGUGUUUGUUUAAUUCAUGUGGGAUAACGUUUGAUUGCCAUAACUUUAUGUAUAACAUUUGUAGUUUAGUUGUUAUGUUUAUGGUAAGUGAGUUACUGUAAAAUAUAUUUUAUCUUUGAUUGAAUAGUUUUAUGUUAUACAUUUUGCUGCACUCAUAAAGGCAAGGUCUGUACAGUCA